AUGGGUGACAUGGCUGGCGAGGCCUUCGUCCAAGCUAUUCAGUCCGUAGCAGUGACGUUGCGAGUCGGUCCACACGGCGAAGCUCUCAUCAUCGCAAAAGCCCUACUAGCCAGCAAAUCCGAGAACUUUGCGCCGUUCUUAAGCAAACCAGAUCUCACGGAGCUUGUCUUGCCAGGUAUUGGCGUGGCUGUCACCAAGAUCUUCAUAUGCUGGUGCUACCAGGAUCGCAUCCCACCGCUUGACAAGCCGAGCUGGGAGGCUCGGACGCAGUUCAAGGAGCUGGUGAUCGAUCUGUGGCUGUUCGAAAACCACUACAGUGUCUCGGCUCUGCAGAACCAGGUCAUGCGGCAGCUCAUGUCCAACACGGUCUUCGGCACGCCCUCGUGCCUCUCGAAAGAAGACAUCGAGUACGUCUGGAGCCGCUACUCGACUACCAGUCUCGAACAUCUCAAGAAUCUACUCGUCCUCACACUCGUCGCACAGCUCGAAGCCAAAGAGAGCAGCACUUCCAUUCACGACUUCGAAGAUCUGGGUGCCCUGCCGGAUUUCAUGUGCAUGCAAUACAAGGCGCAGAGAAAUUGGUUUACUUUCCAGCUCCUUGCGAGCUAUGUUGCAAAGUGGAAAGUGAAGGUGGCAGUUAUGGUGGAGGAGAAGGCACGGACUGUGGAUGCUGCUCCAGCUGUGGCGAAGAAGAAGGCGGUCGGCUUUGCGAAGGGUGAGGUGAUUGUGAUUGACGAUUGA